UUUAGCUUUCCUCUCCCUAGAUUUAUUCCGCUCUAUAGUCUGUCGGUGUAAAAAUCAGAUCUUGCAGCGUACAUACAAACUCGGUUGCUUCUUCUUCUUCUUCUUCUUGUGGUUCUUGGGAAACCCAAGUCAAGUUGGGAAGAGGGUGUGGUUUAAGUUGUGGGUUUCGGGUCUGUGUUGCGAAAUGUUUAAGCUUUAUGCGCUGGAUGCUAAUUUAUGGUGGUAGUUGGUGGGUGGUCUAAUUAUUGUUCAGUGAUUGGGAUUUUGGGGUUGGAGUUGGAAUUGGAGGUCUUCAAGUGCAUGAGGGAUUUGGUUUUCUGGGUUCUAUGCUGCUGGGUCAGGGAUUUGGGUUUGAGAAUAAGGUGGGAUUCUGGGCUUUUGAUCAGGAGCAGAGGUAGGUGGGGCAAAUGUGGCUGAGUGUUUGUGACGAGUGACUACUGGGUUUGGUUUUGCUGUGCUUGAUCUCAACUGGGUGAGACGUUUUUGGCUCAGUUUUUCGAGAUUUUGAGCUCUGGUUUUGGCACAAUAAUGCAGCAGGAUCACAGCAAGAAGAAUUCAACAGAGAUGGAGUUCUUCUCUGAUUAUGGUGAUGCCAAUCGAUACAAAAUUCAGGAAGUUAUUGGAAAAGGAAGCUAUGGUGUUGUUUGCUCAGCAAUAGACACUCAUACACAUGAAAAAGUGGCAAUAAAAAAAAUACAUGAUAUAUUUGAACAUAUAUCUGAUGCUGCUCGUAUUCUUCGCGAAAUAAAGCUUCUCAGGCUUCUACGACAUCCUGACAUUGUGGAAAUUAAACACAUUAUGCUGCCACCUUCUAGAAGAGACUUUAAAGACAUAUAUGUUGUUUUUGAGCUCAUGGAAUCAGAUCUUCAUCAAGUUAUCAAAGCUAAUGAUGAUCUGACACGAGAGCACUAUCAGUUCUUUCUUUAUCAACUGCUUCGUGCACUGAAGUAUAUUCACACUGCAAAUGUCUACCAUCGUGAUCUGAAACCAAAGAACAUAUUGGCAAAUGCAAAUUGCAAGCUAAAAAUUUGUGAUUUUGGGUUAGCGAGAGUUGCAUUCAAUGAUACACCUACAACAAUAUUUUGGACGGACUAUGUUGCAACUAGAUGGUAUAGAGCUCCAGAGCUUUGCGGAUCAUUUUUCUCUAAGUAUACACCUGCAAUUGAUAUAUGGAGUAUAGGCUGCAUCUUUGCUGAAGUAUUAACUGGAAAGCCCCUCUUUCCUGGAAAGAAUGUUGUUCACCAGCUGGAUUUGAUGACUGAUCUGCUUGGAACACCCUCAUUGGAUACCAUAUCUCGGGUUCGAAACGAUAAGGCAAGGAGAUACCUAACAAGUAUGAGAAAAAAGCAACCUGUGUCGUUUGCACAGAAAUUUCCAAAUGCUGAUCCUUUAGCACUACGACUUUUGCAAAGAUUGCUUGCCUUCGAUCCUAAGGACCGACCAACUGCCGAAGAGGCACUGGCUGAUCCUUAUUUUAAGGGACUCUCAAAAAUAGAGAGGGAGCCUUCAUGCCAGCCAAUUACGAAGAUGGAGUUUGAAUUUGAGAGGCGAAGGGUCACAAAGGAGGAUAUACGGGAGCUAAUUUUUCGGGAAAUAUUGGAGUACCAUCCUCAAUUGCUUAAAGACUACAUAAAUGGAACCGAAAGGACUAAUUUUCUCUAUCCAAGUGCUGUUGAUCAAUUCCGGAAGCAGUUUGCACAUCUUGAGGAAAAUAGUGGUAAAAGUGCCCCAGUUAUUCCACUUGAACGAAAGCAUGCAUCUCUUCCUAGGUCUACAAUUGUACAUUCAAAUACGGUUCCCCCUAAGGAACAACAAAAUUAUGCAUACUUGAAAGAUCAGAAACACGCUGAGGAAGCAUACAAGAAUUCAAGGGAUACAGAAGGAAUACAUGUAAAUCUAUCACGAACCAUGCAAGCACCACAAAGAAUUCCCUUAGCUAAACCCGGUAGAGUUGUUGGGCCUGUUGUACCAUAUGAGAAUGGAAAUAUCGUCAAAGAUGCUUAUGACCGAAGGACGCUUAUUAGAAGUACAGUACUGCCCCCUCAGGCUGUUCCUCCAUCUUAUUGUUAUCGGAAACCCAGUGGUGGAAGUCAAGAAAGGUCUGCAGUGGAAGUGAAUAGAGACUUUUCCUCGCAAUCCAAGCAAGCUGCACAGUGUGGCAUGGCAACAAAAGUAGCACCGGAUGUAGCAAUCAACAUUGACACAAACCCAUUUUUUAUGACACGGGUGGGAGUCAACAAGGUGGAACAUGAUGACCGAAUUGCUAUUGACACAAACUUCUUGCAGUCAAAGGUUCCAUAUGGUGGGAUUGGUUCUGCUGCUGCCACUGCAGCUGCCCACCGCAAGGUUGGAACUGUUCAGUUUGGCAUGUCAAGGAUGUACUAGGGAAGCAUUUAGACACAGUUGGGUGAUCAAUCGUAGAAAUGUUUCCCUAAUGAAGCAGUAGUUCAUGCAGAGGAAGAAGAUGGAGCCAGUCGUGUAGGAAACGGGAUGGAUAAGCACUCGAAGGGAGAGGUCGAAAGCAGGUGAUGGAGUGCUUUACUUUAAAAGAGCCGGCUUUCUUUUGUUGUGUUGGAUACAAGUACAUUUAUGUUGCGACAAGAGACUAUGUCAGUGAAAUUAUACAUUCAAAUUCAAAAAUGAAACACUCUGCCCGUACGUGAAAUAUAACUACGUGCAAAACUGUACCUCAGUCUGCAACAAUGUCAUAAAAGUGGGCUCUAUAUCCAUGAGGCUUAUCAUUGUGUAGAACGAGGUGUAUUGAAGGAAAAAGAGCUUAAAUCCCACUCCUGUUGUCCUGUGAAGGAAGUAAAUGGAUCAGUUAUGAGGAGUUAAUUUUUGUGGGGAUCAGAAAUGAUAUGUUUCUUUCAUCA